AUUCCUAUUUUGUCAUUGGGUGUGCACAAGUCAGCCAACACAACACGUUAUUGAUGUUGGCGUUGGCUGUUGCCAUGCCGUACCCUGAAGAAGAGGCUCCCAUUGUUGUCUCACCGGAGGUAUUGGAUGCUGUGGCACCUGUGGACGAGCUGGCCAAUCCAGCAGCCGCCCCAUCCGAAUUGGCUGAAGGUGAAAAGGUUGACGAGCGAUUCCGUCCCAAUUAUGGCCACCAAGCAGGUCAAUUACAGAGCAGUACAGUUUAUCAACAACAGAGCAGCAGUCAUCAGCAGCAAAGUAGCAGUCUGACCAUGCAGCAACAGCUUGGCCACCAAAACGCUGGCUACCACGCCAACAACGCUGCCGGUGGAUUUGGCGGAAGUGGUUACCACACUCCGGGAGCCAGUGCCGGAUGCGGGCAAAACAUCAACCACGGCGGAACUUUCGGUGGUAACGCUGGAUACGGUCAGAGCGAUUACGGCAACACCGGCUACGAUACGGGAUCCGGAAUAAACACGGGUUACGUAUCGAACGCAGCUUAUGGUACCAAAACCGAUUAUGGAACGAACGUUGGGUACGGAACGAACGCUGGAUACGGAACUAACGCUGGAUACGGAACGCACGCUGGUUACGGCACAAAUGCUGGUUAUGGAACCAAUACUGGGUACGCAACAAAUACUGGGUACGGAACCAAUAGUGGAAUCAAUACUGGAUACGGAGGCAAUAGCGGCUAUGGCACCAACGCUGGCUACGGAAAUACCGGAUACGAUACGGGACUAUACGGCAAAAACGCUGGUGGUGGCGGACAUGUCGCGUAUGGAAACUCAGGAUACAACAGCCUUAGCAUGGUGUAAAAGGGCUGCUUUUGGUUGUACAAUUAUCGGCCAGCCUAAGUGUUAAAGGACGUCCGGUCGCUUCGCCUGUCGCUUCGCCUGUCGCAAAGGCUGACCUGCAAGUCAAGGCUGUCAAGGCUCCACAGGUUGUUGCAUCCGAUCCUUUGC